CAAAGGAAUGUUGAGUGCACCUUUAACCCGAAGAGCAGAGUACAACGAAAGCCCUCCCUCGUGUAGGAGGAGUGCUAAAGCGCUCAUGUGAUGAGAUCUCACAUAAUGUUACUGUAAUGCUGUUGUUAUGAGCUGCUAGCAGGGUUGAAGAUGAACAGGCUGAUUUUACCGGUUCUGUUUGCAGUUCUCUAUCAGGUGCAUACAUUGCCACUGCACACUGAGGAAGAUGAGUAUCUUUUCAAAUCAUGGAUGUCUCAGUAUAACAAAAAAUAUGAGAUAAAUGAAUACUACCAGCGGCUACAGACAUUCCUGGAGAACAAGAAGAAGAUUGAGCACCAUAAUGCAGGAAACCACAAGUUUUCAAUGGGACUGAAUCGGUUUUCAGACAUGACCUUUACUGAAUUUAAAAAGUCCUACCUCCUGACAGAACCUCAGAACUGCUCCGCCACUAGAGGGAACCAUGUGAGCAGUAAUGGGCCUUAUCCUGAUACGAUUGACUGGAGAACGAAAGGACACUAUGUAACUGAUGUCAAGAACCAGGGAGCUUGUGGUAGCUGCUGGACUUUUUCCACCACAGGCUGUCUGGAGUCUGUCACUGCUAUUUCCACAGGAAAACUCCUACAACUAGCAGAGCAGCAGCUUGUUGAUUGUGCAGGUGCUUUCGACAAUCAUGGCUGCAAUGGUGGCCUCCCAAGUCACGCCUUUGAGUACAUCAUGUACAACAAAGGUCUUAUGACAGAACAAGAUUACCCCUAUAAGGCUAUACAAGGUGAAUGUAGAUUCAAACCAGAGUUGGCUGCUGCCUUUGUGAAGGAUGUUGUAAACAUUACAAAGUAUGAUGAAAUGGGCAUGGUGGAUGCUGUGGCCAGGUUGAACCCUGUCAGCUUUGCAUAUGAGGUGACAUCUGAUUUCAUGCACUACAGAGAUGGAGUAUACACCAGCACGGAGUGUCACAACACUACAGACAUGGUGAACCAUGCAGUGCUUGCUGUGGGCUAUGCUGAGCAGAAUGGAACUCCAUACUGGAUAGUGAAGAACUCCUGGGGAACCAGCUGGGGAAUUAAUGGAUAUUUCUACAUCGAGAGGGGAAAGAACAUGUGUGGACUUGCUGCAUGUUCAUCCUAUCCUUUACCUUUGGUGUAAAAAACUGAAAAGUAUUUUCUUACACCAUGAAAAGGGAGACAAGUUAUUACAAUUACACUUAAACAAAAUCAUUUUAUGCACAAUGACUCGUUAUAGUCUAUACUAGCUUUCAGUAAAUAAGUUAAAUAAUUAACUUUACAUUAAAAUAAUGAUUUAGAUUAAUUAAAAAUCUGCAUUUCUAUUAAUAUGCUUAAUGUAGAAGUUGUCUACUUUGUUAAAAUUAAGAAUUUGUAAUAUUCAUGUUUGCAACCAAAAUUAUUGUACUGAAAUAAAUAUAUUCUCAGGGA